AUGAAGGCCGCUGUAAAAAUGACGAAUGAAGCCAUUAUGGGCGUGUUUUGGGCGCUUAGUCUCCGGGAAGAGGCGGGCAGGCGCGGGUCGGGCAAGUCCUUUAUGUUGUAUUCUGGCAGCGUGUGCCCCUACUUCACCGAGAUAUCAUCGGUCGGCAUCUUUGGCUCCGGACAAUAUUACACAGUACGACCAUCCGUUGAGGCCACCGGUUACGUGCAGCCGGUGCCCCAACCAUCCGGCAACGUGCCGCCGGUGCCCCAACCAUCCGGCCACGUGCUGGCCGGUGCCCCAACCAUCCGGCAACGUGCCGCCGGUGCCCCAACCAUCCGGCAACGUGCCGCCGGUGCCCCCAACCAUCCGGCCACGUGCUGGCCGGUGCCCCAACCAUCCGGCAACGUGCCGCCGGUGCCCCAACCAUCCGGCCACGUGCUGGCCGGUGCCCCAACCAUCCGGCAACGUGCCGCCGGUGCCCCAACCAUCCGGCCACGUGCCGCCGGUGCCCCCAACCAUCCGGCAACGUGCUGGCCGGUGCCCCAACCAUCCGGCAACGUGCCGCCGGUGCCCCAACCAUCCGGCCACGUGCUGGCCGGUGCCCCAACCAUCCGGCAACGUGCCGCCGGUGCCCCAACCAUCCGGCAACGUGCCGCCGGUGCCCCCAACCAUCCGGCCACGUGCUGGCCGGUGCCCCAACCAUCCGGCAACGUGCCGCCGGUGCCCCAACCAUCCGGCAACGUGCCGCCGGUGCCCCCAACCAUCCGGCCACGUGCUGGCCGGUGGUCACGUUAUCCAUGGAACACAUCCGACAGCGAGCGCCCAGAGAGAGAGGCGAGACUCCCCGACGAUCACUAG